AUGUUUGUGGCACAGACUCAGCCACAAUUCUAUCCUUCAAGCUUCACAGGUCAGGCUUGUCUGGGUGCAACUGAUAUAAAUUACUGCACUUACCAGAUCACAAUCACUAACGUUGCUACACAGGACAAAAAGCUGCGAUUCGGAGGGUUAUUGAUGAUCAUCUUAUUGGUCCCUAAGACAGCGGAAUCGACUACAGUUGCAAACAUACUCUUCUCUUACUUGCUCGUAUUCCGAAAACACAAAGUGACUCAAACGGAGGAAGGCGCUGUUUGCUCGCAAACGGCCUCCCAGCUUCAAAUAUGGUUUAACUUAUCCUCAACCAUUGUCCUUCUUGCCUAUGAAGCCGUCCUAUUUGUCAUGUCGCUUGUUUCUCUGGCCAAACACUUUCGAGAAGCUCACCGAGUCAACAAAGAAUCAAUGUUAAUCGACAGUAUCACAGAUGUGGUCUUGAAAGACAAUGUCCUCUACUUUUUUGUUAGUGCCUUUUUAGCAUUGACUUCAGUAUCAAUACCCGCAAUAUUUCAUUUGUCAAGCUACGCGUUUAACGUCGUGUAUUCUGGUGUCAUCGUGAUUAUCUUUUACUCGCUGUAUUUUUCGACGCUUGGCCCAUUUAUGAUACUCAGCAUCAGGGAAUACGAUGCUAGGAAAAUCGUUGGAAGCGAGUCAAGCAACGGAGAGGGACUAGCCGAAAGCUUGGAGUUGGCAACGAUACGCUCUCAGCCUGAACACGCAACGGACUAUGCUAACCAGCCGAUACGAGAUUUGGCGUUAUGA